AUGUCGGACGAUGAAUUAUCUGCAUCAUCAUCAUCAUCAAACGAAUCGUCAUCUAGUGAAUACGACCUAUAUGAUGAAGAAACCCAUCAUCAACUGAAGGAUUUCAAUCCAUGGGUAGUUGGUGAAAACUCAUCUGUGACCUACUUGAAAGAUUUUGACGAUCUGGAACAUGUCCAAGGCGAAGAUCUGCAUGAAGAAUUGCCUGCUCGCUUCAGCGGAUUGGUAUUCGAAGGGAAUGCAAACCCUGAUUCCAAAGAAUACAAGAGAGUGUUGCAUCUUUUGCAAAGUAGCAGAAGAUGGAGAAGCAUUGGCUUGUCGGACAAGCGUAUGCGCAAUGCCUCGCCAGCGUUUCUCAGCCUUGUGGUGUCUGCUCUCACAAAAACAGACCAUGUGACCUUGAGCGAUUGUCCGUUUGAUAGAAAUUUCUUUGCAUGCUUGAAUUCUGGAAUGCAGACUCUUAAGAUUGUAUUCAUGAUUAACGGCAACAUCCCCAUUACCUACGAUUCAGCGGCAGUUUUUGCACGAGGACUGGCAAUCUCGAAAUCCCUGAAACAUCUCGAAAUCCAGAAUGCCUGUUCCUUCGAAAUUUUAGCUGGGCUGAAGUUGGCAGAAGGAAUCAUACAAAACAAAAGUUUGUCGAGAUUAUGCAUCAACGAAUCGAACCUUGGUGCACAGGCAGUUGAUUCAAUCAUACAGGCUGUGUGCGAUCAAGGCCUCCUCCCGAAGCUCCGUCUUUUGUCGAUUGGGUUCCAAUCAGAGCGUAGUUGCACGGACGCAUUCACAAAGCUAGUCUCUGGUAAUAAAAGCCCCAGCUUGAGACAUCUGAUGCUGGACUUUGAUCUUCAAUACGAACGACACGAAGGUUUCUUUCAGAGGUCAUUGCCACACGAGGCUCCAGUAACGAUCAAUCGCAAACUGAAAGCACUGACCAUAAACCACUACAAACUGGAAGACACCCAGUUGAAGUCCAUACUUUUAUCGAUGCCCAUGUUGGUGAAUCUAAAAUUGCAACAUUGUGAAAUAUCGAAUCUGACACCUAUUAUUGAUCACCUAUGUCAACCAGGUGCUGCUACGAAAUAUUUAUUUCUUCAAUGGAAUCGAAUUAGUUUGGACCAAGUAGAGAGGUUUGUCUCUUCUCUUGCUGAGAUGCAAUCAUUGAUAUCCUUGGAUCUCUGCAUUAAUCCUUGGGAUAAAACAGAUACCGAUGACGAGGAGAAGCGUGUUGAACGAGUUCUGCAAACUGUUUCGCAGUGUUGGAACUUGACAGAAUUCAGUGUUUCGCACGAUGCGAUCCUUGGCAAUCUCGCGAAGAGGCAUAAUCUCACUCUCCAGCUAACCAUCAACCGCGCUUGGAGACGAGAACUUUGCUUCGAGGACAAGAAGACUUCGCCAGCAUCAAACCUCUUGCCGCUGAUAGUCGCAAGAGCAUUUCGAAAAACCGUAAGCAGGCCUUCAGCCCAUCCGGAUAUUAUCUUUUCUCUCUUGAAAGCACGGGUAGGCGACUUGGUACAUCAACAGAAUAAUAGUAUAGGUGAAGCACUUUAG